ACAUGUAGUUGCCAACAAUGUCAAGUAUGGCGCCUGUAAACGUUCGUGUAAAUCCGAUUGGGAUCUUAGUUUUUGUUGGAGGUUUUGCAAUAGCUUUGUUAUAUUUAUUCGGCAUGCCUGACUUCUUCAGAAGAGAACAGAGAGUUAGCAUGAAAGAACUAUUAGCUGUUAGUAUUGGACUUGCUCAAAGAGGUGGUCUUCAAGUGAAGGAAAUUUAUCAAAAACACAGGCUAGGAGAAACGGUAAAAGGGAAAACUAAAGAAGGUGCAGAUGAGAUGCUUACAAAUGGGGAUUUAGAAUCUCAUCGGACUAUUUUCUACGGAUUUUCAAAAAUAUAUCCAAGUAUUAAGGUACAUUAUUAAAACAGUUUCAUAAAUAUUGAUCUAUUGAAAUAAUCAAGCAACGUUUAAAAACUAUUGCAUUUGCAUAAUUAUAUUAUGAUUAGGUACUUUAAUAUAAAUGUUUAACAAAUUGAAAUAAUUUUUUAAUAAUAAUAAUACAGUUAGUUAGAGCAAAUUCCAAAUAAAAAAAUGAAACCAGAAUCAACAUUUUAGCUUAAGUAGUUUUUGAGCUACAAAUUUUUAAUCCAUUGGUCAGUUAGGGAAAGCUAUAAUUAAUUAGUCAUGUGCCAAAGUUGAAAGUUUAAAAUAAGUAGUUCCCAAACAGUAUUUUAGUUAUAAGGGGAUGUGGUGCCUUAUAUAGAGUAUAUAAUAUAUAAUACAUACAUGUAAAAUGGGCACCAUAGACUUGGUAAACAGAAAAGCCAUAUAUUAAUAUAUUAUGUUAAGUUUACCUGGCAUACAUAGUCUAUAGUGUAUAGUUAGAUUACAAUUUAUUUAUUAUUGCAUAACAUUAUUUAAUUACUUAUUUAAUACAGCAUUAACUCUUUCUAUCCGCAUCAACACUCCCAUCGUCAAUUUUAAAUGAGGUUUCGGACGGAUCGUUGAUGUAUAAAAACCUGUUUAUUUCGGUUCUUUUCUUAAUUAUUGGUUUUUAGUUACUUUUAAUCAAAUCUAGAUUAAUUAUACAUUAAUCUAAUCAGGUUGUUUCUGAGGAACACGACAACAAACCAGUUGAUUUCAAUCAGAUAUCUCCAGUAGCUACCAAAAUUGAUGAGGUAGAGGAGGUCAUCAAAAGUGACCAGUCCAUUCCUGUAAGCAGGAUUGCAAUUUGGAUUGAUCCACUUGAUGCAACACAAGAAUAUACUGGUAUUUAAGUUAAAUAACCUUUCACUGGAUUUAGCCAAAGCAUAGAUGGGGAAUAGACCAAUUUUCUUCAGAUAAACUAGUUUCAAAUAACCAGUUAAUUUAUUGUUAUUUAAUUUAUUAUUUAAACAAAUAUUAUUUUUUUAGAAUAAGUUGAGGGACUCAGAAAUGCUCUGAAGCACAGUCAUUCAUUUUUCAAAAGCAAAUAAAUUUUCUGUUAUAGCAAAUAAACUGUGUUUCGAAUAUAUGAAUACAAUUUUGUUAUAAUUUAUGUAUUUUAUGAUUGGCAGAAAGUUUGACCCAAUAUGUAACAACUAUGGUGUGUGUUGUAGUGGAUGGAGAACCUAAAAUUGGUGUGAUUAAUGUCCCAUUUCAAGAUGAAACAAGUGAGUAAAUUGGUUGCAUAAUGCCAAAAAAUAACAAAAGCAACAAGUUCCAACUAUUGUGUAUGAUUCUUGCUUGAACUUAUUCUUUAUUUUUAACCACACUCUUAUUUACAUGAAAUAGGUGUACUCUGCAAACUGACUUAGUCAGCAAACACACUAAUAAGUAACAACUGCGGAUAUUUUGGAAAAUAAGUUUCCAACAGUGCAUCAGACCAUAUAAAACUUAGUAAACUAGUAUUUUAUGUGCUGUUAAUUGAAUUUCAGUGCAUCGGACCAUAUGAAACUAGUACUUUAUAGGCUGGGCCAGUUAAUUGAUUUUGUUUGGUUUUAGAUGAGAAUGCUGAUGUAAAAUGAAAGAUAAACUAUAGAAAUCAAAUAAAAUUAUGAGGAAACGAGGUGUUUUUACAGUCCAUCACAACUUCAUAAUAACACAGACAAGACACAAUGUAUUUACCUUCCCCCACAGAGAAAAGUACAUUUUUGUUGACUUAUAAAGUUGAUCACUUAUAAAACCGAUCCUAACAGAGGGUAAUGUCAUCAUUCAAGUUUCAAGUAAAAAAUGGACAAAUCUUACCAUUAAUAUAAAACACUUAUUUCUUAUCAUUAUUAUAAGAAAUUAUUUUUUAAGCAAUAUAAGAACUAUUUUUUCUUAGAUUGUUACCCCUGAAUUUAUUGGCAACAACUUGGUGACAUUUAUGCUCUACUUACCCUAACUCAUUUGUUGUUGUAAUCCUAGGUCAUUUAUUUUAAUUGAUGACUUUGAUGAUAGACUAAGUUUAUUAAUGAUGGUUAUCUUGACUUUCAUUUUAUUAUGAUAGGUUAUAUGUUGAUUUUCAGUUUAUUAUCAUAAUGUAAUAUUGAAAUUCAGUUUAUUAUCAUAAUGUUAAUUUGACUUUCAGUUUUCUGAUAAGGUCUAGGUCAUCUUGAAUUUCAGUUUAUUUUGAUUCAGUCAAGGUUAUAUUGACUUUCAGUUUGGGCCUGGGAUGGUUACGGUCACUCCAAAAAUCUGAAACCAGGAGAAACAACUGAAACUGGUGGCAGUCAAAAGCACAGCAUCAUUGUGUCACGUAGUCACCAAGGCGAUGUGGAGAAAGUAGCUAAAAGUGCUUUUGGAGAUGAUGUCAAAAUCAUAACGGCAGGGGGUGCAGGUAGGAAGUACAGAAGUUUUUGUACCUUACUUAGUUUGUGUUUUGAAUUUGUGUGCUUUUUUGAAAAUUCUUUGUCAUUUUAUUUAUUUUUUGCUCUAAGAGAAUUUGGAAAAAAGGAGACAAGAGCCAUAACAUGUGCCACAAUAGUAGUAGUAGUAGUAGUAGUAUAGUAGUAGUCAAGUAAUAGUGUAAUAGUAGUAGUGUAAUAGUAUAGUAGUAGUAUUGGAGAAUUAUUUAUAACAAAUCCCAUUUUCUUUCCAUUCCUACAUGAGUAACAUUAGUUAGCAGUAUAAAAAGAAUUAUUAUUAUUUUUUAAAGAAUACUUCUGUUGCGAUUUACACGCGCAUAGAUGCCAAUUUGACUGAAGACGUUUCACAUGUGACUAUUUUUAAUGCAUUCCUACAGACUGGUAGACACGAUGUUCCAUCUGUUUUUCUUAUCACAUAAUCAAGGGGCGCCUUGUAAACACAUGCACGCACACACACAAGCAAGUAAUAUAAAAUAAAUAAACAGACCAUUGCUUGAUAAAUUACAUUUUAAAAAAUGUUUGAUGCUACAUCCAAGCCACUGUGGGACAUCACAAGGAUUAUUUCAAAUCCUUUCUGUGAAAGAGUUGUUCUAACAGCUAGAUUUGGUCGCCUUUUCAAAAUAAAGACAGUUAAUGCAUUAGAACUCAUAUAAAAGAAAACAGAAAUAAAUUAGCAUACGAAAUCUACAUACAUGAAUUCACAUGAAAUCAAAAGGAAUCUAGAUUUAAAAUGAAUGGGUGAAAAUAUUUAAAUUUGUUUAACUCUAAAUAAUCUAGACCUGACAGUGUUUAAGAAGUAAACUACCCGGUAUCUGUAAUCAGGGGUAUAGCUAGGGUUAGUGUUUCCCGGAGCGGGUCAAGAUUUUUUACACCCCCAGCCUGGAAAAAAUAUUUGCAUUUGGCCAAAAAUUCUGCCCCUCCAUAUAAAGAAAAUAAGUGCCACCCAAGGCAGAAAGUGCCUUCUGCACCCCCUUCCUACACCACUGCCCAUAAUCAAACAGAAAAAGAACUGCCAGUAUUUUAUAAGUAACUACCAGUAAUCAAGCACAUUUUUGGUUCCUUGGAAAACAAUGAUGAUAAGAAAUGUCUAGCUUUUUAAGUUGUGAAUAAGGAACUUAAAAUAUUACCAUCACUAUUUCCAAGUAUUGGCUGUUGGUGUUUUUUGUUCUUGUAUGUCCUUGCUAUACAAAAAUGACCAAAGCUAUAUUUAUCAGUGAGUACUCAUGUGGCUUGUGAGUCCCACUUUUGCACAGAAAGCUUGCCUGUUUGGAGGAUAGAAGUAUUUUGGGGUCCUAGUGGUAACAAUAGACUAGCCACUGGCCUAUCUUUAUAAUAUAUCCAUUAUCUCUUUAGAUUGGCUUCAAGAGCUUUGUUCUAGAUCUUUUAUAUUUAACUUAAUGGAAAAUAUUUCCACCAUACUUUGUCAGGUUUGUUCAAAAUCUCAUCUCUCCAUGUCUUAUUUUUGUUGAUCAGGUUACAAAAGCAUGGAAGUGAUUAAAGGCUCUGUCAAUGCCUACACCCACAUAACCCUGAUUAAGAAGUGGGACAUUUGUGCUGGCAAUGCAAUCCUUAAUGCAGUGGGAGGGAAGAUGACAACACUGGAUGGAGAUUUCAUUGAUUACUCACCCAGCUUGAGUGUUAAGAAUGAGAGAGGUCUUCUGGCAACAGUCAACAGCAAGCUCCACUAUGAUUAUUUAGAUAAACUAGGAGAGAAAGCCAAGGAAAUGAUGGUGGCCAAUAUGAAAAAUAAGUCAAGGAGAUGAACAUGAUGGAGAAGUCUGGGGUAGAGAUUAUAUUGAGGUUAUGAACAAGACAGUGAAAUCUGGGAUAGAGAUUAUAUUGUGGGUAUGCUACAACAAGUGUCCUUAUUCUUAAUUUAUCACAAAUACAUUUUUUUUUAUUGAUUAUGAUUUAUGUGAAUACUUAAAAUGAAUAAAGUGGUCUAGCUUACCAUCAUUUGUCCAAUGAAAUAUUGAGAAAAAGCUAAGCAUAUAUAAUACAUGCUGCAUCGCUUACCUUAACAAAGUCAUAUAUCAUUUCAAUGGGUGAAAGACUCACUAGGGUUAGUCAUAUAGAUGAUGUCAUUUGUUGCUUUUUGCUGACAUCAUUGUCCAAAUGACAGACUAAGAGUUAGUCAUAGAGAUGAUGUCAUUUAUUGUGUUCAUCAAAUGAUGUAUUGUUAUAUUGAGAAAGAUUUGAGCUCCUGGGUGCUUUUAGUUUACCCUGUGUCAUUUAAUUUAUUAUGUAUUUAUAUAUUUGUAUUUAUUAUAUUGCUGUUGCCUUAGUCUUAGUCGCAGGGCAGGAUCUGUUCACAGCCAACCUCCCGGAAUCAUUUGGAGGGCCACUUGGACAGGAGCAUUUGGAGGGCCACUUUUACUGAGCUAAAAUUUCUGCUUUUUUUUUUUUUUUUUGCAGGAAAGAUUUUUAAUGAGUGCAUUUGGAAUAAAUGUUGUGUUAAAUUAGGAUUGGAUGUACGGUAAAAAAAAUUGCAGAGGACUGGGAGGUAAUGGUUCUGCUGUCAUUAUUGGGUUUCAUGGAAGAGUGCAAUCAGAGGUUGCAUAAUGUCGAUAUUAUGCCCAAUGGAUUAACGGACAUUGCAACUUGGGCCUUUAGCAGACAAACCUUUUGUCUGCUUUCUAAAAAUUUUCAUUGAACAGAGCAUCGAAAAGAAAAAACUGUACUGACAUCUUAAGCCACACCAUCACAACCCACAGCAUCACAGCCCACACCAUCACAACCCACACCAUCACAGCUUAUGCCAUUACAAUCCACACCAUCACAGCCUAGAGUGUAGUUAUAACAUCGGAUUUCCUUGUUUUUGGAAGAAAUAUUAUGACACUUGAAACUAAAAUGGUGCUAUGUAACUUAUUAUAAGUUAAUGAAGUAAAACAAAGUUAUUUAAGCACUGUGCAAAAAAUCUGGAAAAAAAUAUAGGCCAAGUCAGAAGGACAGUUUCUUUGCCUAUUGCUAAAUCUAUUGUCGGGUUGGUGAGCUGCUGCAUUCUCAAUGUUUCGAUUCAUUUGAUUUUGAAAAAUUGAGAAUUUGAAGACCAACUUUUAGAUCAUGAACUUAAAAUGAUCAAUUGGUCAUUGACACCUUUCUACUAGACACUCUGUGAUACCAACACUGGAAUCUAUAGCUAUUCAAGUGUUAUCUAUUUACAUUUGUAAUAGACAAUUUGUAAUGGCUACGGUACUUUAGAACAUAUAUUAUUCCACUAUUGUCACAUCUGUUUACAUUUCAGUGGGGUAAAUCUAGAAAUGUGGAUUUUUAAAAAAUGUUUAUUUUCAAGUUGAAUUAGAAUACUUGUUUUAACACAUUAAACCUUAGGAGGUCACAUCAAGUUUUUUUACAUUCUAGAAACUUUAUUUGCAUAAUCUUUUAUGUUCCAUCAUUUAUUCAAUGAUAUAUAUUAGAUGCUACAAAAAGACUCUGAAUUACUUCAAUAUAAUGCUUCAUAACAUACAUUUUCUGAAUUACCCUACAGCCUUUCACCUGGAUGUAAUAAAGAUGUCUGUUUUUUUAAAUCUCACUUUCAUAUAUUCAGUAAUUCUAUGAGACAUCAAGCUGAGCUCUUGUAUGAUGCAUUUAACUCUAGUAUGAAAAAUAAAAAUGUUCUUUAUUGGACAAUGUUAGCAGAAAAUUAGUUCUAUUUUAAAGAGACAUUGGACACUUCUAUGUCCAUUUAUGUAUAUAUGUCUGCAUGCAGUAUUUUCUGUACAAAUCUUUAUUAUUUCAUAUUAAUUAUUAAUGCAAUGAUUACCAUGUUUCUGUAUCAGGUUUUAAAAACUUUGGAAAACUUGUUGGGUAGAUUUCAAACUUUACAAUGUAAUUUUAAGUUGUGCCAUUCCAUUUUAAAUAUUUGUUCAGCUGUUUUGUGACUGUCUGCAACUUUUAAUUGUCAGUUGUAUAUUUUUUUCUAAUUUGUUAUCUUUAGAAUUUCAUUAAGCUGAUGAUAAUUGCACCAUUUCAUUGACCUAAGUGCAUUUCAUCUUCUUCAUGUAGAUUUUACCCUUUAAAUUGUGCAUCUGUAUAUGAUUAAAUGACCAUUUGUUCAGACUGUUCCUUUUUUUUGUUGUGGUUUUUUACAUUUUUAAUUUAUUAGUAC